UUUAAAACUUAGCUUGUUAAAACACUAUAGCCCGUAAUAUGAAGCUUGAAGGUAGCAUACCUCGGCACGCUUGACUUGACGUCCAUAGGUAUGCCGAGAACGCACAUGGACGUUUUACUUUAGUGGGAAUCCCCUGUUGUUUUUGUUUUUUUACUGACUGCGUGGUAAGAUUGUGGUCAACUGACGUUCGAUUAUUAUAAGGUAUAUUCAGAUUAUCAAACCAGGAAGAUUAAAGGACCAGCCAGACGAUUCGAGUAAGAACAGACAGCUAACCAAAAACACCCUUCACAAUUGAGGAAGUGAUACGUAUGAACAGUAAUCAGCAAUUCAGGAAAAACUAAAACGUUUGCCAUUCUGGAGUCUGUUGAAUGACACAGAGGACGUUCAAAUGAUAUAAUAGGGUCUACUUGUUGUGUGUGACACACCUGAUACUUGUUUAAGGCCUGUGUGCAGAGGGAAUACGUUUUUAGAGACAUAGAUUAUAUUUUUAUUAUCGUAGCAGCCAUGAGAAUUUUAUUUUAUUUUGGUUACAAACUGCAUAACGCAGACAUUGGAGCGGUGUUUGAUAUACCAGUCGUUGCUGUGGUCAUAACUGGAAACGUCUGUUUGGGAAAGUCGUACUGGAAACAAAACGUAUAGCAGUUGUGUGUAUCAAAAGUAUAUGUGUGUGUUGGAAAGUCGUACUGGAAACAAAAGAUAUAGCAGGCGGAUGGAUAAAAAAAAACCCGUAUAUGUGGCAUAGUGUGGGACGAAACAGCAGCGUCUAGAAGGAGAUCUUCAGAAGAUGAAUUCAGGACAGUCAAGCUUUUUGGAUGUGGAAACUAGAUCACAUGCUUAUCAAAGAAGCUUCAGUGAAGAUCCGUUGACGGCAAAUGCCCGACGACGACAUGCCGUGCUUGAAAACGGGAAGCAGUACCAUGCGUACUUCUGUCACACCAGCCAAAACAUCGACUGGGUGAAUCAGACGAUGGAUAGGUUGGAGUCGCCCGAGCAUAAUCUCGUCUGCGGGCAGUACGAACGAGAUUUUAUCCCGGGAGAGUUCAUUGUGGACCUCAUUACGACUUUUUGUUUCUCCUCCAAUAGAGUUGUCUUCGUUCUUUCUCCCGAGUUUAUGCUGAACAACUGGGCAAUGUAUCAGAUGCGCCUUGCGGUUACCUACAGUGUCGAUCACGAUGAAAAUAUAAUAUUGCCCAUAAUCGUUAAAGAAUGUGAUAUUCCAGAAAUGUUACUCCCAUUUCCAUAUAUCGACGCAAGACAAGACAACUGGUGGAAAGAAUUCGUCGUUAAAUUAAAGAGGCCAGUUUCAAAGGUUCCAAAGAUUCACCUCUGUUCAAAAUCGGAUCAUUUGAGCAUCAGCGAGCUUUGUCCUACGAAUCAGUCGUCUGCAUCGGCGCCAUCUGGUACCUAUAGAUCACGUGUCCCACCUAAAAUCCCGAAAGAGUUGAGGACUAAAAUCAAGAUCUGGCAUCGUAGUCGACAUUCGUCUUCUUUCUGUCCUGUAUGUGCGCCACAGGAGCCAGUGAAUAAAGAUUCUGAGGACCACUCCACAAACACUGACAAUGCUGAAGAUGUUCAGUCCGAGUCAUCACAAGAAACAUUGUCUAGCUUCAGCUCGUCCACACUAACGACUAGUCUAAAUAUGCAGCAAAAUGGUAGAACUAUUAUUGACCACUCCACAAACACUGACAAUGCUGAAGAUGUUCAGUCCGAGUCAUCACAAGAAACAUUGUCUAGCUCCAGCUCGUCCACACUAACGACUAGUCUAAAUAUGCAGCAGGAGCUAGUGAACAGAGAAUCUGAGGACCACUCCACAAACACUGACAAUGCUGAAGAUGUUCAGUCCGAGUCAUCACAAGAAACAUUGUCUAGCUCCAGCUCGUCCACACUAACGACUAGUCUAAAUAUGCAGCAGGAGCUAGUGAACAGAGAAUCUGAGGACUCGUCUCCAGACAAUAACGACGCUGGAGCCGUCGAAGUGAAAUCGUCGCAGAUAACAUCGUAUAAAACCAGCUCGUCCAUUCCAGAGGCUAAUCUCGGCUUUUCACAACAGCUGCGAUGUCAGGGCAAAGAAGUAUUCGAAGCCCUGCAAACGAGACUCACGACCUCGGCUGAUGACCUAGCAGUUACCGAAGGAGAUGUUUUAGAAAUAACAUCCAGAUCAAAAUGGUCCUCCGAGGAAAACGUCAUUUGCAGGAACUGUUUGGGACAAACUGGAAAAGUGCCCUCUAAACUUCUUGGGCCAAGUUUGUUUCCGUUACCCUCUCAGGUUGUGAAAAUAAUUCAACAGCCUAUAACGAAGGAAGAGAACGAUCUAUUUAGAGCAGAACUAAAAAGAUUUGGUUCCACACAGUUCAUUGUGAAGGAGACUGUUUUGAAAGCUGAGACCGACUCGAUGAAUUUGUCUGUAAAGAAAGGAGACGUGUUGCAGCUUUUAAACCCAACCCAGUUUCCCAAAGGACGUCCCAAAGCACGGAACUGUCGUAACUACACGGGCUAUAUCCGUUGCGACAACAUUAUCCGCAUCCAUAACGAGUCCGGAUUUGAAUCGGAUUUAAAAUAACUUUACUUAUUAUCGUCACAGUGCUACAAUUUCAACUUUGUAACCAAACAAUUUAUAUAUUUAUUUGUACAUGUACAUUACGAAUUGGUUAAAGUUACAUUCUCUGGUUAACAUAUAACAUCAUGUAUAAAUAUAAAACACAAGCUCAAAUGCACUUUUA